AUAAUUCCAAUUCAAUGACAUUAUUAUAUGCACACAACAAUAAUAUAUACUACAUAUCUUUGUUAUGUAAUUCCAUGUAUAUAUAAUAGUAAAAUGAGUCCCUAAUCUUCAUAAUUUCGACGAUCGAAAGCCAAAUUAGCAAGCAAUUGUUAUAAUGAAGUCAUUGGAGACAAGCAAUGGGGCAAGUGGUACUGAAGAAAUGGUUAAGUGUAGAAGAUAUGAAAUGAUUUUGAGAAUGAUGGGGCUAGUUUUUACUUUAGUAGCUGCUGUUGUGGCUGGUACUAAUAAGGAUACUGAAUCAGUUGCAAUAUUUCUUGUAGAUGGAUUGCCUCCUUUGCACCUAACUCUAACUGCCAAAUGGAAUUAUAUGUCUUCCACUGUGUAUUUUGUGGCAGUGAAUGCGGUAGCAUGUGCAUAUGCAACGAUAUCUAUGGUGUUUCCAGCCCUAAUAACGGGCGGAAACAGAGGAAGAAAGUGGAAAGACUCUAUUGUCCUUGUUGUUGCUCUAGACUUGACUAUGGUGGCAGUACUUUUUUCAGCCAACGGGGCGUCGGCUGCAAUUGGAGUCAUUGCUCUGAAUGGAAACUCUCACACUCAAUGGCACAAAGUUUGUUAUGCUUUCAAGAGAUAUUGCAUACAAGGGGGAGCUGCUAUUCUGAUUUCUAUGUUUGGUUCAUUCUUCUUUAUUUGCCUUGUGUUGCUCUUCACUUUUAAUCUUCACAAAACUACUUUAAAUUAUUAACGGGUUUAUGUCGAAAGAUAAAAAGAGAGCUUCAUUUUUUAAGUCUAGAAAGAGCUAUGAUGACUCUCGAAAUAGAAUUGGGUGAAAUUUGUACGUGACAAUUAAUAGCAACAGCUUGUACUCAUAUUAAUAUUGUGGCUCUAUAUAUGUUAUUUGUCAUCAAUAGUUGAUUA